AACGAAUUGUGCAUAUGCAGAGUGACAAACGCCUGGAUUGCUAUUUAUGAAUUCGCGCACUCCAAAAUCCGCGGGAGAAGAUUUCAGAGAGGUGUAAUUUGAAUUCAUAUCUGUGAAUUACUUGUUUUGAAUUUUAAGUGCCACUUCAGGCUAAUGCCUGAUUUAUGUACCGUAUCCUUGGAUUUUGGAGUAGAGCCAGGGUUCUUUUUGAGAUUCAUUCUUAAGAAAUGCUGUAAUGUCUUGAGGAACCUGUAACUUUGACGAUAGACCACUCAUGAUUGGAACCAUGGAGAGAACACCGGAGGAUGAUCUUCCCCUUGAGAAGGAGGACUCUACUCCAAAGCUGAAGAAGGCAGAAGCAAAGACACCUUCUAUUACAAGCUUCUUUAAACCACCAAUCAAAUCUUCACCUCUGAUGCAAGAUGGCAAAGCAGCAGACCUCAGAAAUUACUUCCAAGUGACAAAGAAAACUGCUGGUACAGGUGAACCUAAAAUCUCAUCUGAUCAGAACUGUAAAGAAGAUUUGUCUGUGAAAACUGAAAAAGCAAGUCCCGCCGAAGAUGGUGAUGGUAAAUUGAAAAAGGGUAAACGACCAGUGGAGGGUAAGCGGGUCAGCAAGAAGCCUAAAAAGCACAAAACAGAUUCAAAUCCUGCAAAUGCUGAUGAUGACACUGAUUUUGAAUCCCCUCCCAAGAAUAGGAAAAAGAGAAAAUCAAGAUUGGAUUCAGAUUCCAUAGCUGAUUUUCUUGACACUGAAGACUCACAACAGAGUCAGAACACUUCGGAAAAUGUGGAGUUACAGGCUCCAAAAGAGCAAGAUAAAAUGGAAGUCUGUGGAUCAGUUGACACUGAGGUAAAGUGCAAUGGGGAAGAUGCACUGAACACAAGUACCAUUGUGUCAUAUGAAGAUUUCUUGAGAAACACUAUGGAAGAUGAGGAGGAUCAUGGCGAAAGUGAUAUUGAAUUUGAGACCAAAACUUCAGUCAAGAGUGUUGGUGAGGAAGAGACAGGAGAUGAUUCUCUUGUUCCUGAAGAUGCUGAUCAUCCACCGGAUGCAGUCAUGCUUACACCUCCUGAUUCAAGAUGUUCUCAAGGAAGUCCAACCAGUGACCAACCAGCCACACCACCUGGUAAUCAGCCUACAAAGAAAGAAGAAGAUACCAACGAGGAUGACAAUUGUCUUCGUAAGGUCAUCACUGUCAAAGCCCAGGUGCAUAGUCCUCUUGAUGGCAAGGAUAAUGAGUGUUCUCCAAGCACCCUGCAGAUGCUCAGACCGGAGACAGAUUCCAGGAAAGGAGGGCUUUGUCCCCGUAGGUUGAUUUCUAAUGUCAGCGUGCUCGACUCCAGUCCAGAGCUGUCACUCAUAUCUGUGGAGACAAAAGAGGAACCAAAGAAAAAAGGACCAGUGUACAGCAUCUUUCAGCCAAAGGCUACAGGUCUUAAAAAGGAUGUUACCAAGAAGGAAUCUGCCAAAGAGAACAAACAAGAAGAACUUGCUAAAGAAUUGUCAAAGCAAGAAGUCAAGGGUAAAGAUGAAGAUGAUAAAAGCACGCGAACAAAAGAGAAGGAAGAGAAAUGUGAUUCCUUUAAAAAGCAGGAAGUGGACCAGAACAUGGUGAAAGAGAGUGAAGAAGUGGAAGUGACUGUGAAGCAGGAUUCAUCAACUGGAAAAAAUGAGACAGUGAAAAGGGCCAAGGAAGGAGCAGUAGCAAUAGUUGAGAGUCCAUCACCAGAAAGUGUCAUUACUUCCAAUCAAAGCUCAAAGUCAAAAUCUUCAGUUAAGAACAAAGACAAGAGAAAGACUGAGAAGGAAUCGUCGAUACCUACAAGACGUGUUCUAAGGGCUAGAGUUUCCAAGGCAUCCACCGAUGCAGAUUCUAGUCUGGAAGAGUUUGAUAAUGUAAAGCCACUAAAGACUAAAGCUCGGAAGCAAACCAAAAAGCCAGCAUUGAGUUCCAGUAAGGUUUCUGCAAAGUCUGAGGUGAAAGACAAGAAGAGAAACUCAGAGAGGUCAAAGAAAGAACCCCAGAAGUUCAAGUCUUCCUUGCUGACUGAAGGAAAAGGUCAAGGGUCAAUCAAAUUGAAACUAACUGCCAUCAAAACAUCACCAAAGAAGAAUAGCAAGGUCACCAAAGCCCAGCAGCUUCUGCAGAAAGCUAAGAAAGGCCACCACCAGACCACGCUGGUUCCUAAAACCCAGACGUCAAAACAACUUGUGAAGAAGAAAACUACUCAAGCAACAUUCCCUCAGUCUAAGGUCAUUUCGACAAAAGCCAUGAAAACCAAACAGAGAGCCAAGAUGGAGGAAACUAAAGAGAAAGGUGGGAAGAAGAUUGUAGAUGGUGAAAAGACACAGACGCCAAGGAGAAGAUCCAGCUCAAGAAACAAACCAAAGACUCCACCCAAACCUGCAGCAAAAUUAGCACCCAUCUUCACAAAGCAAGGUCAACUCGCUGCCGCCAAGAAGUUCAAGCAAGACAGCAUCAUGGCAGCCAUGGCAUCAGAGUCCAUACCAGUAGACGAAGCAAGUAGAGACAGUUUGAUAGAUCCAAAGGAAACCAUGACUGAGCUCAGUGGAAUGUCGUUGGGAUUCAACAUGUUGGAACAGCUCAAAAUGGAACCAACGUUACCACAGAAGGAUGACGGUGCACAGCUUACAAAGGCGUGUCAUGUAUUGCAAAGAGAUGAUACAGAUCCAUUAUGGACGUUACCCAGUCCUGGGUUUGGUAAAUGGAAGCUGAGGGAGAAUCUUGAACCAAACCCAAAGAUCAGUCCAGACAUAAAACUGGCACCAUCGUCUCAUCCCUCUCUAUCCAGUAGUUUGAAGAUAAAGGGUUUUGUAGGUCAUCCACCGAUCAGUGAGGUAGAUAAAAAAGCUGUGUUUGAUGAAAUUCUUCAAGCUAACCCCAAGUUCCCUGUUCAAAAGAUCUUCAGGAUGUACUUGGCAAAGAGACAUGGAGAAACUCUCAAGAAUCAGCAAGACAAGCCUGUUGCAGAUGUUCCAACCGGUGACCAGAAUCCCAAAGAAGCCGCUGACCCCACAGAGAGCAUGCCUGCCAGCAAAGGUUCCAAGCUGACCAGAGGCAAGCGGAAAGCGGAAGAUGCAAGCGAGGACAAUACAAGAAGAAAGAUGGCUCGGCGGAGCGGAAGGGGGUGUGCCAGAAGAUCUCUUGAGGCCAGUCUGGAUGAGCCUUCGGAAGGAGUUGAGAUGGAGGAAAGGUCUUUGAGGAGAUCAUCCAGGAGGAGCGGUAGGGGGGUGUCAAGGACGGAGGAAGCAGAAGAAGGCAAGGAUACUGAUGGGAAAAGUGGAGAUAAUACAACAAUAAAGGAGAAUGAUGCUCCAAAAGAACCAAUUACUGAAGAGAGUGCUGAAGAGAAACGACGAGCUGGGAUACUUUGGACUGAGAAGUAUCAGCCGACUGCUGUGUCGGACAUGAUAGGAAAUGCCGCCCUCUGUAGGAAAUUUAGCUCAUGGUUGACGGAAUGGAAGAAGAAAACUCAAAGGAUGAAAGAGAAGACAAGGAAUUCCCGAGGGAAAGACAAGAAAAAAUCUAAAGGUUCCAGGAUCAUUGACAGUGAUGAUGAGAGUGACGAUGACUUCUACUGGAGUGAGGGUGAAGAUAGUGAAGAGGAAGAUGGAUUAUGUAAUACCAUUCUAUUGUCUGGUCCACACGGGGUCGGGAAGACAUCUCUUGUCUAUGCCUGUGCGCAGGAACUAGGAUUUGAGGUAUUUGAAGUGAAUGCUUCGUCACGUCGCAAUGGUCGUCAAAUCCUUGCAGAGCUCGGAGAAGGAACUCAGUCGCAUCAGGUUGCUCGCCAGCCUGGCGUCUCCUCGGCUAAAUUCUUCAAUCUUUCUCCAACAAAGUCUGGCUCUAAGACUACCUCCCCCAAGAAGAAGAAGAAGCCUGUCCUUCCGAAAGCCUUUGCUGGGUUUGUCAAGCUUGGAAGCUCGUCGAGCGUCAGCAACAAAAGGUCUCCGGUUAAGAAACCAAGUGUGAAGAAAUCUCCUAAGAAGGCCAUCAAGAAGUCUCCUGUCAAGAAAACCUCAUCCCAGCAAGCUGAAUCUCAGACUGGAAUCACCAAACCUAAAAUCACUUCAACGUCAUUAAUCCUCUUUGAUGAGGUUGAUGUGAUAUUUGAAGAAGACAAAGGAUUCCUAUCCACUGUGAUGUCAUUUAUGGAAAGCAGUAAAAGACCUAUCGUCCUGACAACAUCAGAUCCAAGGUUUUCAUUUAGUUUAACUCCUAGAUAUGAUGAGCUGACCUUCAGAUUACCGCCACUGAACCCUUUGGUAAGCCACCUGAAGCUUCUGUGCCUCGCUGAGGAUGUGGCCAUCUCACAUCAGGACCUGAGAUUGGUUGCAGAGUUCUUCAAUCGGGACAUCAGGCGAUGUAUUCAGCAUCUUCAGUUCUGGGUGUGUUCUGGAGCCACGCCCAAGAGUGACGGCAUCAAGCCGGGACCAGACAGGAAAGACAAGGAGAUGAGACUUGAGGUGGACGAUCAUUCAAAGAAUCUUGAACAAGAACUGCCAAGUGGUUCUUUAGUCUCUAGGGAUGUUGACACUGGUAAUGACAGCGGAUUAGGUCGAGCCAUUGAGGAGCUGACCCAAGAACUGAUAGACCUUGAGACAAGGAUCAUAGCAGUUGGAGAGUAUUAUUCCAUGAAGGGGUACAAACCUCAGGAUGUCUUGAAGGUGAUGAACGAAAUGGGAUUAACCACUAAGGAGACACCCAAAGACACUUGCAAUGGAACGGACAAUAUUCUUGAAACCUUAGGACAAUGCAGUUUCAGGACGGGACUUGGGAAUUACUGUGGGCUUUUUGAGAGUAUUGCUGGACUUGGGAAUGUGGCCGGUCCAGUGAUAGAUUCAUUAGGUAUUUUGAAGAAGUUAGAUGACCCUGUGAUACUAGGUGCUAUUCUUCGAUCAUUCCGUGAUCUUAGCAUUGAUGCUGUUCACUCUAACCUACCUCAGAUUCUCUCCUCAAUUCGUACCUCCAAAGACACCAAACCGUCCAAUCAGAAUUCAUCUAGUGAGUCACCUGACCAAGAACUAAACAAAGAUGAGAAGCAGAAAGCAUCAAAACUUGGUGGUGAACUGAUCGACGUCAUGGCAGAACAUGCCAACAGAAUUUCAGGGAUUGAUACAUUGUGCCCUCACAGUCUAAAACAAGACAGUCAUCUUAAUCGCUAUGGCAACAAUGAAUGGUGGCAUCCAUUGCAUAUGCCUGGGUUGAAUGAUAGAGAAGGCUGGUUAGGAGAUGAUUAUGAGCUUGUGGACUUCUCUGAUUCCAGAGGUGAAGAUGCAAGUGUGGAUGUGAGCUGUUGCUUAGAGGCCAUGUGUUUGAGGGAUUGUGUUAGGAGAUGCAGAAGAACUGUUGUUGAAGCGAGACAGGAUGAAAUCAGAUGGAAGGAACAGAGCAUCUUACCAUCAGAUGAAGCACUGCUACGAAUAGAACAGAGCAUCUUACCAUCAGAUGAAGCACUGCUACGAAUUAAGGACAUCCCAUUUGAAGCAACAUUGAGAGAAACAAAUUCUUCAGUGGUACGCAGACUGCCAGACUACAUGUAUACAAAUCAUUCAGCCUUGACACUAGACUAUUUACCUAUGCUCCGAGGGAUCUGUCGUCAUGAGGAACUCAGAAAAGAGGCCAAUCUCAAGAGGAGGUUCUUCCAUUAUCUCGACAGUAUAUCAUUCUGUUUGAAGCCGGUAACACACCUCAGUCUAGCUAGUGUUCUCAAUCCUGGUCAUCAACACUAGUCUAAGGCAAUCUCUUCUCUCAGGGAGGCUAUUGCAGCAGAGAACAUGUAGAACCACAUAGCUUCCAGGGACCCCAGUAGAUGGGACUCUAUACAGGGGCUUUGUGCUCGUGACAUGUGCAAUGCACACACAAUUUUCCUAUGACAUUUCUUUUUUUUUCAGGCCCUGGAGCCGUUUGCCUCUGGCGUCCCUCGUAAUAUUUUUUUUCUUUUAGACCCAAUUCCAAUGUGACACAAUUUGUCUGAAGGCUCAAAUUAUGUUAUUGAACAUUGUCCCAAGUAAACAAGACUAUGGAAUGCCAAAUGUGACUGGUGUCAGAUGUUUUCACCUCUUGCAUAGUUAACACUACCAAUCACCAGUGGUGUACAAGUACGUGGCAUUCCAUCGAUCUUCACCACUUGCUUUAGAUUGCAAGAGGCAAUCAGUAACAUGUGAUUUAGACGUCAUCACCAUCACAAUGGAUAGCGCUAUCAAUCACCAGUGGAUAGAGCAGUACUUACACCAAUGGUGAACAGUCGUUCACACAUGUCAUCACGUUAUCACCACUUGGGAUGGACAGUGAGACCAAUCACCAGCAGGGGGGGGGGGUCCUGUCUUAUCUAAUUCUAAGUUUUACUGAGUCUUUUGCUCUCAUGAUCUCGUAAGCUAAUUUUCAAAUUUCACUUAUUUUUUCAUACCUCGAUUACUAAAACCAUUGAAUAAUCAGAAUCUAAAAAGUAUUAGUCACAUUUGGCUAGAUAAGUAACUCGACCCUGGUUUAAUGUGGUUGA